UAAACUGUGCAGUUUUUAUCACACAGCACAAUGCCACAGAUGUCGCAGGUUUUGAGGGAGCGUGCAAUUGGCAUGCUGACUGCAGGAAUAUCCACCAGAGCUGUUGCCCAUGAAUUGAAUGCUCAUUUCUCUACCAUAAGCCGUCUCCCAAGGCAUUUCAGAGAAUUUGGCAGUACAUCCGAUCGGCCUCACAACCGUAGACCACGUGUAACCACACCAGACCAGGACUUCCACAUCCAGCAUCUUCACCGCCAAGAUCGUCUGAGAUCAGCCACCCGGACAGCUGCUGCAACAAUCGAGAUCGCCCUUCCCAGACUGACAGACAUCUCUGCAGCAGAAACCUUCAUCGACUCGGCUGAAGUUGUCAUCAUCGGGUUCUUUGAGGCUGAUGGACAGCUUGGAUUUAAUGAGUUUCUGGCUGCUGUUGAAGAGGUGAAGUCCCUUCCAGCCGCCCUGUGCAGUGAGAAGGCGGUGUGGGCUAAAUACAGCAUCGUAUCAGACACCAUUUCCGUCUUCAGGAAGGCAGAUUUGAAUCAGCAGAACCUAGAACCAGCAAAAGUGCAAAAUCUAGACAAGGACGGAGUUGUUCGUUUCUUCAUCAUUAACAAUGUCCGCUAUAUCACAGAAUACAAUCAAGUGUCUGCUGUAGGUCUGUUUCAGUCCAAAGUGAAGGUGCACCUCGUGCUCUUUGCCAACAGGGGGAGUGAUAAUUACAGUGAGCUGAAGGAGCAAGUCGGUUCUUUGGCUCCUCGUUACACUGGAAAGAUGCUGUUUGUGCUGAUAAAUGGGAAAGAUGAAGCCAACGCUCGAGCACUGGAAUACUUCAAACUGAAAUCACAUGACCUUCCACGCGUGGGCCUCUAUGAUGCCGAAUCAGACAAAACGUGGCUUAUGGGACCAGACGAGAUUUCUGUUGAGCGUGUGCAGAACUUCUGUGACUCCUUCCUCAGUGGAGAGCUACAGAAGGAAAAGGAGACUGGAGAACCUGAGCUUAAAUCUGAACUCUGAAUGUCACCAAACACACCUUUAUUAAAACUUUUUACAACACGUAA